CGCAAAGUACGCCCUGUCACUGAAGACACUGUUACAGCUGCGCAAGUUAGUCCAACUCACAUUCCUGCGAUCAGCCCUCCUGCUCCCGUUUCUUCAUCGAGAGCAUCAGGAGCCAAUACAUCUUCGACUUCCUUCGACCUACUAGGGUUGGACAUCUCAUCGUCCAGUGGUGCCGGUGCUGAUUCUGUCAAGAACACUGUAUCUGGCAUAAGUAUUCCUCCCCCGGCAAGUACUAUGCCUGGCGUAUGUAUUGCUCCUCCAGCUGCGGCAAAGGUGUCGCCUGCGGCACCUCUUGUUCAGCUGGGGCCGAAUCGUUACAAAAUCAUGGAGCAGUCGAUUAAGGAGUGUGGUUUUAGGGCUGACUGGGCAGCUGCUCCUCCUGCUGCUCCACAAGUCGCUGCUUGUCCAGCUCUCAGUCCUACUGCUGGCGGAUUACCUACCAAUCAGAACAAUGCCGUUGAUAUCUUUGGUGACUUCGAUGCACUUCCCAAAACGAGUCCGAAAGUUUCGUCUCCUGCUAAAUCGCCGGUCGCUAACGGAGGAUCAUCUAACACUACAUCUACAAAGAUCGGCAGCACUUGGGCUGGCGCAACUGGUUUGAUCGACUUAGAUAAUCUUGCGGGUAAAAGUACUCCUACAAAGCAGAAUCCAUCACUGAAUCAAAUGCAGAUGAUCAAACAAGGUAUUUCUUGA